AUGGAAGAAGCAGAUGGAGUGGAAAGCAGGUUUGAAUAUUGCAUGGAACAUGAUCUGGGGGUGAGUGAGGAGGAGGAGAGAAACUUCACAGCUCUUUUGACAGAGGAAUUAAAGCAAAUGGAAGGUGAAACAGUGGAAAACCAGAGAAGAGCAGACAUGCAACUGCUUGAGGCAAAAAAGAUGGUGUCCCAAUAUCAAAAGGAGGCAGACAAAUGUACAUCAGGUAUGGGAACUUGUGAAGAAGCUAGAGAGAAGGCUGAAAUUGCUUUAGAAGCACAGAGACAAAUCACUUCUAUGUGGGAGCUCAGAGCGCGCCAUCAAGGAUGGAAACAGGAACUUGUUUGA